AGACAGUAGGAGUCGCCUCACCUACCUGACUAUUCCUUUUAUAUUGCCUUAUAUUUACCAUAUUGUUAUAUUUUUAAGACUUGUGAAACCUAUGUAUGGAUUACAGCUAUGAAUUCUCUCCGGAAGUGGUUCUACAGGCCCCGGUUUGUUGCUGCUCCUUCUGAAGGUCUGCAAGUUCUUCUGUGGUGAAUUCACUUCUGUGCUCCUCCACCAACUCCUCCACAUCAUCUUCAGUCACCUUUAGGCCCUGGGGACACAAUAUCCUCUACCAGCUCAGGCUCAUCUUUCAAAGCCUUCAAAAUCCCUGGCUGCCACAGAGUCAGGCCACAAUUUCUUCCAUACUGACAGCAUGGUCCUGGAGGACACAUUUCCCCAGGCUUUGUAUAUAAGCCUCAAGCAGAAAGAUGAUCCCUCAUUGAUGGCACAGUUUUACUAUGCUGAUGAUGAGUUGAACAUGGUUGCAGCAGAACUGGAUAGCUUUGAUGGCAGAAAAGACCCUGAAAGAUGCACUGCUCUUGUGAACCAGCUUCGACAAUGCCAGGACAGGGUUCUUAAUAUAUGCAUAGAGAUGAUGGAUGAAAUAAUCCUACAUGAGCGUGCAAGUCGGGAUUUUCGGGUGAAAUUCCCCGACGAUGUGAUGCAGGAGAAUUUAGCAGGACAGCUGUGGUUUGGUGCAGAGUGCUUGGCAGCUGGAAGCAGUAUUAUGAAUCGUGAGGCAGAAAGCUCCUUCAUGAGACCACUGGCAAAGGCUGUAACCAAGACCAUUGAAACUGUUAGAAACCUUCUUAGAGAACAGUGUUUAAAACCUGUCCCAGAGUACACAGAAAAAAUUCGAGAGUCCCUUAAGAUUUUUGAUAGACUCUUUGCUGAAUUUGAGCUGAGUUAUGUGAGUGCCAUGGUACCAGUCAAAAGUGUUGAGGAACAUGAUGUUCAACAGAAUGUUGUUGUUCUCUUUUCUGAGACUGUUCAAAGGGCCUUGAAACUUGGCUUAACUACCCAAGACCAGAUUGAUGAUUAUGACCCAGCAUUGAUGUUCACUAUUCCUCGCCUGGCCAUUGUUGCAGGUCUGGUUAUGUUUCCCGAUGGCCCCUUGAAUUUAGAUCGGGAACCCAGGAGUUUGUCUGAACUCUUUCGACCAUUUAGAACUCUGCUGAGUAAAAUACGUGAACUUCUCUGGACAAUGAGCACUAGCGAAUUGGCAGCACUGGAGAAAGCUUUGUGUUCUAUUGAUGAACCUGAUCCAUCCUCACAGAUUUCUAAUGAUGACAGCUUACCACCAAAUGCAUAUGGGCAGGCAUCCUUUACUUCUGAUUUUGUUCAAAAAUUUUAUGCUAGCUAUCCAUCAUGCAAAUAUCUCACUCCAGAAUUAAGUUCUUUAUACCAACCUGGAAAGAAGCCUGAGCGCUAUGAACGAAAGCGCGAGCGAACUUCUGGCAAAAGUAGAGGAUCACGCUCCAGAGCAAGGCAAGAACGUCAGAGUGAAAAAUUUCUUGCUCGUCUAAAUGCCACUGUAGAAGAGAGGCCAAGAGCACGCCGCAGGUCUCGCCGUAGCCACUCUCACCGUCAUCACCAGAAUCCUCCACCUCCACCUCCUCCAGAUAGUGAUAGUGGGGAUGAACAUCAUCAUUCCCAGCACCAUCAGCCAAGAACUUCUUCUCGCUCUGACCAUCAGGAACAUCAACACCAUCAACCAGUCCCUCCUCCACCACCACCACCAUAUGACCAUCAUCAUCAGCAGCUGCAGCAACAGCAGCAUCACCACCACCAGCACCCAGGGCACCAGUCAGAGCAACGCUAUCAAUACCAACGACACCAUGUUCACCGUUCUAGACGAUCUAAACACCAGCCUGUUGAUAGAAUCAAAACUAUUGCCUGUUCUUGUGGUACUGUUAAUGAAUAUGACCGUGGCUAUUGUGAUGAUUCACAGCAGGUACCCAGUCAGUCUGACACUCCUCAUUUUGAUGCUACUCAGGCACAGUAUGAACUAACACCAGUUCAGUCUCCAAUUGUUCAUCCCCAUUGUAGCACUGCCUCAACACAUUGUGAUAGUUUGUGUGAUAGUGUUCAUGUAAAUAUUCAGGCUAACAGUAGAUUUGGGGAGGCAAGCCCUUCAUGUGUUAAUGAUUGUGUUAGUAAUAUAGAAGCAGCAGACCAUGACAUAAUCUCUCUCUGUUUUUUGUCUGAAAGUCAAGAGUUUGAGAACAGGGAUUCUGAGGCCAUAGCAAAUGCCACAGCACAACUGUGCAUUCAUGAUAACUCAAAAUGCACUAGGGAUUCUAAUGAAAUAUGUGGGACUACUCGGCCAUGUUCUUGUCAUAACCAAAGCUUUACUUUGGACUGCACUUCCUGUGCAGAUGUUACGAACAAUGUCACUUCUUGUGGAUGUGUACAAAAAUUGGCAGAAAUGAAGAAAAGAGACAGUAGUGUAUCUAAGGAAGUGCAUGAGAUGAACAAAAGAAAAGAACUAGAUAAUGCAUCAAGCACUCAUCAGACUGACCAAGGAAACUUGCAGAUACAGGUGCAGAUAUCAAAUUCAGCUGCUGUAGAUUCAGUUAGUCCUGAGAGUCAGAGUGGACGUUGUUCAAGUGGCUCAACAUCACCCUAUAAUUCUGGUGCAGAAGAUGAUGAGGAAGUCGCCCUGGCUCUUCAGGCAGCAGAAGUUGCUGCUACUUGGAGAGCUCGUGCAAGAUUUUCUGAUGCACAAGAUUUGAUCCAUCGUCUAUUUGUGUGUAUCUCGGGUGUUGCUGAUCAGCUUCAAACAAACUAUGCUAGUGACUUGCGGAAAAUACUUAAAUGUGUGUUUCUGAUGAAUCAAAGCCCUCCAGAGGAACCACCCAAGAGCCAAGGCAGUGAGGAGCCUCAGUGGUCUUCAUCAUCUCCAAUACACACCUAUGAAGAUAAUGAAAUUCUUGAGAACUCCAUUGGUAUCAAUGAUUCUGAACGUCUGAGUGUGGAGAGUGCUGAGGAUGCACUAGUGGUGAUAGGGACUCCAGAACAUCACUGUAGCUCACCUGUAGUAACCACAGAGGACCACACUCUUGGAGAUUCUCCUCAUUCAACUCCUCAGUCAUCUCCCCCAUCAUCACCAUCAGCUGUUAUGUCUUCAAUUUCACCUUUCACUUCACUUGUUGCCUCUCCAACAUAUGCCUCUGCUUCUUCCAUUGUGUUAAGCUCACAAGUAAUACAACCAUCUUACACACCUUCCACUGAUAUUCCCUUAUCUCAUACCAACACACUUCCAGCAUCAGCAUCUCCACCUGUGUGUCCUCCGUCCAUUCAAGUUCCGGCUGCCAUCUUCAAUGAUCAUGCUUUAAUGCAGUUCUCUGAAGUAACUCAGGCAUCCAUCCCUCCAAAUGUUGAGCUGAUUCCUCCCCCACAAAUACAGUAUGCUGAGUCUUUUGGAGUUAUUCCUGAACCCUACAUUCGUACUCUGCAGGAACAGUCGUUGGUGUCUCGGGAUGGCGUUGAACUAGUUUCACCAAUCAAUCCUGGAGAACGAAACUACGAGUCUGGUCGUCGCCGCCACAGGGUGCAAGAACCUCCAGCAUGGGUACCUGACCAACAAGCUCCUAGAUGCAUGGCUUGUGGAGCAGCUUUUACUAUGGUCCGUAGACGCCAUCACUGCAGAAAUUGUGGCAAGGUGUUUUGUGCACACUGCAGCCAACAUGCAGUACCUCUACCGCAUUAUGGAAUAUGGAAGGCCGUACGUGUGUGUAAUGUUUGCUUCCUUUACUAUGUCACCUUUACAACAGAAACUACAACUCCAUCUUCUUGACCCCACUAUACAAGCAGUGAGGAUCCACAUCAUCGGCACUGCCGUGUGCAUAGUCAACACUGUAAGAGACAGUGCUGUAACCAGCACCUCCACUACUACAUCCUCUACCAGCACUAUCAUUAACAUAUAUACUGUUCCACAGUGUUCAGUGUAGAUUCCAUUGCAGUUACCUUUAACCACAACAAGUGAAAUUGUAAUAACAGUUGUGGAGAUUUUCAGCAUACUAGUUCAGUAGAACCAACCAAUUUCCAACUUGAUUGACUGUCUGCACUUCAACCCUAGAGCAGUUGCUAAAUAAUUAAGCCUCAUCUAAAUGCCUUAAUGUCUGACUGUUAAUGUUACCAAAGGUGUCUUGCAGUUCAUUAUGUGAAGUUUUAUUAUAGUUGUCAACAGGAUUUUCACUUUGCUUCAAUAUAGAGGUAAUAGUAUGUUCAGUGAUAUACUGUGCAUUGGAUACCAUGUAUCUAGAUAUUUAGAUUCAAACUGUUAUUAAAAUGUUAUUAAGUCCCACUGGCUGGGUCACUGCCAUGAGAAUAUGUUACUUUGGAUGUGAGUAAAUAUCACUAAGACAGUACCGUACUUUACUUUUUUAUUAUUACUACAAAUUCCAGUUAACAAAUUGUGUAAUAGGAAUAUAUUCUAAAAGAACUAUUUAGUAAGUGUAUUUUAUUCAACAUUUUAAAUUAUAUUUGUUUUAAGAUGAGACUCAUGCCAAUACUUAUUUUCCCUUGUACUUGUAUUAUCAGUAUAAAUAUAAGCAAAAUUGGUUUCAGGUUUUUAAAAGAAGAACUGUGCUAUUAUUAAAAGAAGCUCAUUUUUAGAUAACUGUUCACAAAUUGCUCUAGUAAAAUACCAAUUCAAAUAUACCCUAGUCAGAUUUUUACAUAAAAUUAUUUGAAAGAAAAGUGUAAUUCCUUAAAUAAAAUGGUGCAUGUCACUGCAGUACUACACAAUAUUGGGUUGGAAUCUCCCUUGAAAGUAAAAGAAUAUUAGAAUGAGAUAACUUUAUUUGUAGCUGAAGACAUGAUUAUACAGACAUUUGAAAAUUUAACUGACUUUAGGUUUUCAGUUUGGUGAGCAUUUGAUAAAAGCUUAAUUUAACAAUUCAUGAAGUUUUGCACAGGAAAGUCUUACAUUAUGCUGUUUUCAUUAAAAAUUAUUUCCAAAAAUUCUGCCUAUAUCUUUCCUCAGCACCACCACCUUCUCCUAACCAUAUCUUUCACAUCUGUAAUGUGACCCUUUUUGAGUUUAGCACUUUUUAGGAAUAGAAUAAUUUGGAAAUUGCUUCUCUCUUCGCUGUGUGAUUUGCUGCAAUACUGUAAACAGUCUUGAUAAUUAUUGCAUAAACAUUUCAAAGUAUCAGUAAAGAAUAUUUGGUAUUUGUGGUUUGCAUAUGGUACCUCAUGAAAAAAAAUCUAAAAAUAGUAACUUUAUUGUGCUCUUUAAGAAAAGAAAUAACAAAAAGGCACAAUACCGUGACUGGAAUGAUACACAAAUAACCAGCACAUACAAGAGAGAAGCUUACGACGACGUUUCGGUCCGACUUGGACCAUUGACAAAGUCACACUGUGUGACUUUGUCAAUGGUCCAAGUCGGACCGAAACGUCGUCGUAAGCUUCUCUCUUUUAUGUGCGGGUUAUUUGUGUAAGAAAAGAAAGUUGAACAACCUUGUACAAAAAAUUUUUUUGGGGUGACACGGUAAGAUCUUUUGGUCAAUUUGAUUUUCCUACUUUAUGAGGUAGUAAUUCAAUAUCAGUUUGGUAUUAUUCCUAGAAAAUAAACCCUUAUAUAUUUAACUGAUAAUUCAUUUAUUAUUUAAAGUACAGUUACAGUUAGAAACAAAAGGUCGAAUUUCUAAAAAUUUUGCAAUUUUGAUUUGCGAUAGAGUCAGGCAUAGUACAAGUUAAAGAACUUUUAAUAUGAUUAAAAUGGCCUUAAUAAUGACAAUUGUUAUAAAUAAAAACCAUGUCCAUUUCCAUUGCCUAAAUUCAUUAACUGUUGUAUAUACAAUUGUCAAAUUAUUUCAUAUUGGUGCCAAAAAUUAUUUCAGACAUUUUUUACAACAUUUAUAGUGUUUAAAGAAAGAAGAUGCAUCUUUAAAAAGUUACAUUGAUUUUAACUUGCUUUUUAUCAAAAAAAAAAAUUGUCAAUUUUUAUUUUGUCUUACACACCAAAGUUAAACAGUGAAAUAAUAGAAAGGUAAAAAAAAGAUUAUCACUUUGGAUCUUCUUAUACAUGCUAUUAUUACUUAAUAUAACUAUAAUACUCUACAUACUUGUUUAAUUACUUUUUAUUUUCUUACUACAUCCAUUUCCUACCAAGGUGAUCCAAAGAACCAUUAACCAUCACUCAUCUCUAGCUGUCUUGACAGAAAUGAAUGAACAUAAUUCAAAUGACCCUCAAACAGUAACAACCCCACCCAUAUACACUACUGCAAAUCUCCAGAACUCUUAAGUCCAGCUAACCAGUUUCCUCUGAAUCCCUUCAUGAAUGUUAUCUUGCUCACACUUCAACUUUGGCAGUUGAUGUUACAUAAGAUCAUCUUAAUCAAACAAGCAAUAAGCAUUAAAACUGAAAUAUAAUGUUUAAAUUUCGGUUGAGUAUUUAUUUUGGAAAGUGCAAUAUUCUGUGUAAUUUAACCCAUUGACUGUCGCAAACCCAAAUCCUGAGGUGUCUCCUGGUGUCGCAAAAUUUCUGAAAAAAAAAAAAAAAAAAUCUUAUGAAAUGAUAGAGAAUCUUUUCCUGAUUGUAAUGACUCCAAAAUAAUGAAAUUUGAUAGAAAACUGAUGUAAUUAUGCUUUCACAAAGUUAGCGACCUCUGCGAUAUUUACAAAUUGGCGAUUUCACCCACUUGGAGCCCUAUUUUCAGCUAAUCCCAUUGUUCCAGUCGACCAAACUCCUAGCUAUUUCUUUAGAACUCCAUUUUUUUCUAUCGACUGAGUACAAGAAAUUGCCCAUUUACCGUGGUUAGAAAUUUGCAAUUUGGCCAAUUUCAUGAAAAUUUAAAAAAAUACGACAAUUUCAAAAUAGGGUCCAGAAUGAACAAUGCAGACAUUCCUGGCUCUAAAAUAACAUUUUCUUUGUUUAUCAGUCAUGUCUCCAGGCCCCUCUGAUAUUACUCUUGCUUUCUAUUUUGGACUUUUAUUCAAACAAAAAAUAAAAGAUUUACUGUUAUGCAGACUACUGCAAUAUUGUAAUAUUUUUUUUUUAUUAUUAUUAUCACACUGACCGAUUCCCACCAAGGCAGGGUGGCCCGAAAAAGAAAAACUUUCACCAUCAUUCACUCCAUCACUGUCUUGCCAGAAGGGUGCUUUACACUACAGUUUUUAAACUGCAACAUUAACACCCCUCCUUCAGAGUGCAGGCACUGUACUUCCCAUCUCCAGGACUCAAGUCUGGCCUGCCGGUUUCCCUGAACCCCUUCAUAAAUGUUACUUUGCUCACACUCCAACAGCACGUCAAGUAUUAAAAACCAUUUGUCUCCAUUCACUCCUAUCAAACACGCUCACGCAUGCCUGCUGGAAGUCUUAGCCCCUCGCACACAAAACCUCCUUUACCCCCUCCCUCCAACCUUUCCUAGGCCGACCCCUACCCCGCCUUCCUUCCACUACAGACUGAUACACUCUUGAAGUCACUCUGUUUCGCUCCAUUCUCUCUAUAUGUCCGAACCACCUCAACAAUCCUUCCUCAGCCCUCUGGACAACAGUUUUGGUAAUGCAAACUACGAAUUCUCUGCAUUAUAUUCACACCACACAUUGCCCUCAGACAUGACAUCUCCACUGCCUCCAGCCUUCUCCUCGCUGCAACAUUCAUGACCCAUGCUUCACACCCAUAUAAGAGCGUUGGUAAAACUAUACUCUCAUACAUUCCCCUCUUUGCCUCCAAGGACAAAGUUCUUCGUCUCCACAGACUCCUAAGUGCACCACUCGCCCUUUUUCCCUCAUCAAUUCUAUGAUUCACCUCAUCUUUCAUAGACCCAUCCGCUGACACGUCCACUCCCAAAUAUCUGAAUACAUUCACCUCCUCCAUACUCUCUCCCUCCAAUCUGAUAUCCAAUCUUUCAUCACCUAAUCUUUUUGUUAUCCUCAUAACCUUACUCUUUCCUGUAUUCACUUUUAAUUUUCUUCUUUUGCAUGCCCUACCAAAUUCAUCCACCAAUCUCUGCAACUUCUCUUCAGAAUCUCCCAAGAGCACAGUGUCAUCUGAUAGCAAAGAGUAACUGUGACAACUCCCACUUUGUGUGAUUCUUUAUCUUUUAACUCCACGCCUCUUGCCAAGACCCUCGCAUUUACUUCUCUUACAACCCCAUCUAUAAAUAUAUUAAACAACCAUGGUGACAUCACACAUCCUUGUCUAAGGCCUACUUUUACUGGGAAAUAAUUUCCCUCUUUCCUACAUACUCUGACUUGAGCCUCACUAUCCUCGUAAAAACUCUUCACUGCUUGCAGUAACCUACCUCCUACACCAUACACCUGCAACAUCUGCCACAUGCCCCCCUAUCCACCCUGUCAUACGCCUUUUCCAAAUCCAUAAAUGCCACAAAGACCUCUUUAGCCUUAUCUAAAUACUGUUCACUUAUGUGUUUGACUGUAAACACCUGGUCCACACACCCCCUACCUUUCCUAAAGCCUCCUUGUUCAUCUGCUGUCCUAUUCUCCGUCUUACUCUUAAUUCUUUCAAUAAUAACUCUAUCAUACACUUUACCAGGUAUACUCAACAAACUUAUCCCCCUAUAAUUUUUGCACUCUCUUUUGUCCCCUUUGCCUUUAUACAAAGGAACUAUGCAUGCUCUCUGCCAAUCCCUAGGUACCUUACCUUCUUCCAUACAUUUAUUAAAUAAUUGCACCAACCACUCCAAAACUAUAUCCCCACCUGCUAUUAACAUUUCUAUCUUUAUCCCAUCAAUCCCGGCUGCCUUACCCCCUUUCAUUUUACCUACUGCCUCACGAACUUCCCCCACACUCACAACUGGCUCUUCCUCACUCCUACAAGAUGUUGCUCCUCCUUGCCCUAUACACGAAAUCACAGCUUCCCUAUCUUCAUCAACAUUUAACAAUUCCUCGAAAUAUUCCCUCCAUCUUCCCAAUACCUCUUAACUCUCCAUGUGAUAACUCUCCUCUCCUAUUUUUAACUGACAAAUCCAUUUGUUCUCUAGGCUUCCUUAACUUGUUAAUCUCACUCCAAAACUUUUUCUUAUUUUCAACAAAAUUUGUUGAUAACAUCUCACCCACUCUCUCAUUUGCUCUCUUUUUACAUUGCUUCACCACUCUCUUAACCUCUCUCUUUUUCUCCAUAUACUCUUCCCUCCUUGCAUCACUUCUACUUUGUAAAAACUUCUCAUAUGCUAACUUUUUCUCCCUUACUACUCUCUUUACAUCAUCAUUCCACCAAUUGCUCCUCUUCCCUCCCGCACCCACCUUCCUGUAACCCAAACUUCUGCUGAACACUCCAACACUACAUUUUUAAACCUACCCCAUACCUCUUCGACCCCAUUGCCUAUGUUCUCAUUAGCCUAUCUAUCCUCCAAUAGCUGUUUAUAUCUUACCCUAACUGCCUCCUCUUUUAGUUUAUAAACCUUCACCUCUCAUUUCCCUGAUGCUUCUAUUCUCCUUGUAUCCCAUCUACCUUUUACUCUCAGUGUAGCUACAACUAGAAAGUGAUCUGAUAUAUCUGUGGCCCCUCUAUAAACAUGUACAUCCUGAAGUCUACUCAACAGUCUUUUAUCUAUCAAUACAUAAUCCAACAAACUACUGUCAUUUUGCCCUACAUCAUAUCUUGUAUACUUAUUUAUCCUCUUUUUCUUAAAAUAUGUAUUACCUAUAACUAAACCCCUUUCUAUACAAAGUUCAAUCAAAGGGCUCCCAUUUUCAUUUACACCUGGCACCCCAAACUUACCUACCACACCCUCUCUAAAAGUUUCUCCUACUUUAGCAUUCAGGUCCCCUACCACAAUUACUCUCUCACUUGAUUCAAAGGCUCCUAUACAUUCACUUAACAUCUCCCAAAAUCUCUCUCUCUCCUCUACAUUCCUCUCUUCUCCAGGUGCAUACACGCUUAUUAUGACCCACUUUUCGCAUCCAACCUUUACUUUAAUCCACAUAAUUCUUGAAUUUACACAUUCAUAUUCUCUUUUCUCCUUCCAUAACUGAUCCUUCAACAUUACUGCUACCCCUUCCUUUGCUCUAACUCUCUCAGAUACUCCAGAUUUAAUCCCAUUUAUUUCCUCCCACUGAAGCUCCCCUACCCCCUUCAGCUUUGUUUCGCUUAGGGCCAGGACAUCCAACUUCUUUUCAUUCAUAACAUAGCAAUCAUCUGUUUCUUGUCAUCCGCACUACAUCCACGCACAUUCAAGCAUCCCAGUUUUAUAAAGUUUUUCUUCUUCUCUUUUUUAGUAAAUGUCUACAAGAGAAGGGGUUACUAGCCCAUUGCUCCCGGCAUUUUAGUCGCCUCAUACGACACGCAUGGCUUACGGAGGAAAGAUUCUUUUCCACUUCCCCAUGGACAAUGAUUGUAUAAAUAAUGUCAACCCAUUCAUGACUGCAUAUUAGAAUGGCUACUUGGACAUUUAUUGGAAAAUGACAUCAUUUGUUUACUCUUGAACAUCAGCAAAAAUCUAACAUUUCCCCUACUUUGAGCUCCAUUUCAAGGUUCUUUUUAUAGUAAAACCAAUCAAAAUCACCUCUGUUUCUAUAAUAUGUUUUCCAUUCUAUCAAAUGAGACCAAGAAAACGAGAAUACAACUAUAAAUACUAUACAAAAAUAGACCACAAAGUCAGCGUUUUAAUUAAAAAAAAAAUGGUCAUAGUUUUUUUUUCUCAUUGUGCACUGCGUGCUGCAGGAUUUUUUUUAUAUGGUGCACACUGACCACACACACCCAUUCUCUCACAUGUGGGCCUACCAGCUUUCUCCUGCUUGAUUUGAAGCCGCUAGAAUUUAUGAGUAUAUAUACGUCAAAAACGGUGGCUCGUAAGAUGUAUAUAUACGACCGAAACAGUCAAAGGGUUAAUUUAUUAAUCAUUAUUACCUUGAAGGUCUUUCCAGUUGAAGAAUUGGAUACUUUGCAACAUUUGGGAAUUCUUUUCAGGAAAUGUUUUGCCAGUCAGUGGCUUCAUCAGUCCAAUACUGAGAAGAGUGAAAGAUGGAGAGGAGUUUGAUGUAAUCAGUUGUUCAGCCUGAAGUUGAUGUGUUCAGUCCAAGACUGAUGGACUGAACACUGACUCUAGGCUGAGGGACUGAUUACCUCAAACUCCUCCUAAUCUUCCACUAUUCUCAGUACUGGACUGAAGAAGCCACUGGCUGGUGAAACAACACAAUAAAGAUUCCCAAAUGUUGCAAAAUUGUCCAAUUCUUCAACAUGUUAGUUUUCUAAACUAUUUAUGUCAUAAUUCUUUCUAGUUCAUCAAAGAAUUUGAUGGUUCCUUAGUAGUUAAUAUUACAACUUUGUACUAACAUGGUUGCUGAACCUUCCUUUAUUUACUCUGGUUUCUCUUACAUUUUAACAGUUAAUUGAUAUUACAACUGCUGUGUAGUUAGCAACUUGAGAAAACUAACAUGGCUGCUGAACCUUCCUUUCUUUACCCACUGCUGCUUUGUCUUGUCUCAUAAAAAAGUAAUAAAAUGGUACUUGUAAACUUCAAUAAACUUGGCCUGUUGUGUUUAUAUACUCAUAACAAUACCUUUUUCCAUGGGGAAGUGGAACAGAAUUCUUCCUCCGUAAGCCAUGCGUGUUGUAAGAGGCGACUAAAAUGCCGGGAGCAAGGGGCUAGUAACCCCUUCUCCUGUAUAUAUUACUAAAUGUAAAAGGAGAAACUUUCGUUUUUCCUUUUGGGCCACCCCACCUCGGUGGGAUACGGCCGGUGUGUUGAAAGAAGAAAGAACAAUACCUUUAAAAUUUAGGAUGCUUAUAUGUUGUAUUUGAUAUAUUUUGAGUUUGAUCAUUGAAAUUUACUCAUUAUGUAUGUGUUGUACCUUCUUUUGUGUUCAGAAUUUAUUACUGUGCCAUUCAUGUGCUUGAGCUAGUAGACCUGUUGUCAGAAGGAAACAAUUUUAUGUGCUUCUAAUAGGCCUGAACCACCUGACUAUUUUCGGAAUACUAUUAAAAGUCUGUGCCAGCCUUGGUCUUGAACCAGUAAACUUGUUGCCAGGGCACAGUCUUACCAGUCAGGAUAAUAAAUACAAUUAGUGAAAGAAGAUCUUUGAUAGUAUACAAUAAUUAGAAGAGUAAAGUGGGUUAGUUGAGAUGUAAUCUUCUCUCCCAAAUAAGAAAUUACUUAAACAAAGUAAUAAGUGAAGCUCAUAAUUACUUAUAAAGUAUAGUAAUUUACUCAAGAAUGUAAUAUAGUGUACAGUAGAACCCCUGUAUCCACUGAUUCAGUAUCUGCAGUUUCAAUUAUCCACUGUUUACUGUGGCCUAAAAAUACCUCUUAAUUUUGCGUAAUGGCCCCAAAGUGCAAAAGUAGAAAAGCUGGCAGUUCUUCAAAUCCUAAAAGUUGUGAAGCACUUCCCAUCAUUGAAAAAGUGAUAAUUCUCCACUUAUUAUUUUUUAUUAACACAUUGGCCAAUUCCCACCAAGGCAGGGUGGGCCAAAAAAAGAAAAACUUGCAUCAUCAUUCACUCCAUCACUGUUUUGCCAGAGGGGUGCUUUACACUAUAGUUAUAAAACGGCAACAUUAACACCCCUCCUUCAGAGUACAGACACUGCACCUCCCAUCUCCAGGACUCAAGUCCGGCCUGCCGGUUUCCCUGAAUCCCUUCAUUAGUGUUACAGUGGUCCCUCGCUUUUCGAAGUUCUCGGCCAUCGUAAAUUUCGCCAAUCAUAGGGGUAUUUUCGUAUAAACAUGGACUCGCUUUUCAUAGGUUGACUCGCGAAUAGUAGUUCGUCCGGGACACGUAUGCACGGUGUGAGCCGGGGCGGCCUCCCUACCCAGCCAGUCUGGCAUUGUUUACCAGCGAGUGAAGGUCCCCUCAAGUGCUCCUACGAAAUAUUUCAUAAUAUUCCACUCAUUUUAGUGCUUGCAAGUACUAAAUAAGCUACCAUGGCUCCAAAGAAAGCUUCUAGUGCCAAGCCUGUGGUAAAGAAGGUGAGAAAUAUGUACAGUGACAAAGUCUUGGGCCAUUUUAGGGAAGUGUUAAAGAGACGCCAGAAACAGAGCUCUCUCCACAGUUACUUUGCGAGACAGGACUAGAGUGACUCUCAAGGUGGUCCAAGUGGCAUUAAGAAACAGAGAAGAGAAGCAACCCCAGAGAAGCAAUUGGUACCUGAGGUGUUGCUGGAAGGGGAUUCCCCUUCCAAACUGUAAACAAUCCAAUCUCUCUCCUCCUCCAGUCUCCCAUACACUAAGAAGAAUCUCCAAUAAAGGUAAGUGUUAAGCUGUUAAUGUUUCAUUCAUCAUUUCCCAUUGUAUUGUUUAUGUACUACAUGUAUAUUUCAUGUAAAAAGUUUUUUUGCUUUAAUACUUCUGGGUGUCAGGAACGGAUUAAUUGUAUUUACAUUAUUUCUUAUGGGGAAAAUUGAUUCACAAAUCGUAAAUUUUGUUUAUAGUAACGGCUCCAGGAACGGAUUAAUUACGAAAAACGAGGGACCACUGUACUUUGCUCUCACUCCAACAGCAUGUCAAGUAUUAAAAACCAUUUGUCUCCAUUCACUCCUAUCAAAUACGCUCAUGCACACUUGCUGGAAGUUCAAGCCCCUCGCACACAAAACCUCCUUUACCCCCUCCCUCCAACCCUUCCUAGGCCAACCCCUACCCCGCCUUCCCUCCACUACAGAUUUAUACACUCGAAGUCAUUCUGUUUUGUUCCACUCUACAUGUCUGAACCACCUCAAUAACCCCUCCUCAGCCCUCUGGAUAAUAGUUUUGGUAAUCCCACACCUUCUAAUUUCCGAACUAUGAAUUCUCUGCAUUAUAUUCACACCACACAUUGCCCUCAGACAUGACAUCUACACUGCCUCCAGCCUUCUCCUCGUUCCAACAUUCAUCACCCAUGCUCCACACCCAUACAAGAGUGUUGGUACAACUAUACUCUCAUACAUUCCCCUUUUUGCUUCCACGGACAAAGUUCUUUGUCUCUACAGACUCCUAGGUGCACCACUCACCCUUUUCCCCUCAUCAAUUCUGUGAUUCACCUCAUCCUUCGUAGACCCAUCUGCUGACACGUCCACUCCUAAAUAUCUGAAUACAUUCAUCUCCUCCAUACUCUCUCCCUCCAAUCUGAUAUCCAGUCUUUCGUCACCUAAUCCUUUUGUUAUCCUCAUAACCUUACUUUUUCCUAUGUUCACUUUAAAUUUUCUUCUUUUACAUACCCUACCAAAUUCAUCCACCAACCUCUGCAACUUCUCUUCAGAAUCUCCCAAAAGCACCGUGUCAUCAGCAAAGAGCAACUGUGACAACUCCCACUUUGUGUUUGAUUCUUUAUCUUUUAACUCCACACCUCUUGCAGUUUGGAGAGAUAUAUUGUGUAUUUUUAUUCGUAUAUACUUCUAAACUGUUAUAUUCUGGGCACCUCUGCAAAAACAGUGAUUAUGUGUGAGUGAGGUGAAAGUGUUGAAUGAUGAUGAAUGUAUUUUCUUUUUGGGGAUUUUCUUUCUCUUUGGGUCACCCUGCCAUGGGAGACGGCCGACUUGUUAAAAAAAAAAAAACCACAGUGACAUCACACAUCCUUGUCUAAGGCCUAACUUUGCUGGGAAAUUAUCUCCCUCUCUCCUUCAUUCUCUAACCUGAGCCUCGUUAUCCUUGUAAAAACUCUUCACUGCUUUCAGUAACCUACCUCCUAUACCAUACACCUGCAACAUCUGCCACAUUACCCCCCUAUCAACCCUUCAUAUGCCUUUUCUAAAUCCAUAAAUGCCACAAAAACCUCUUUACCUUUAUCUAAAUACUGUUCACCUAUAUAUUUCACUGUAAACACUUGGUCUACACACCCCCUACCUUUCCUAAAGCCUCCUUGUUCAUCUGCUAUCCUACUCUCUGUCUUACUCUUAAUUCUUUCAAUAAUAACUCUACCACACUUUACCAGGUAUACUCAACAGACUACUUCUUUCAACACACCGGCUGUAUCCCACCGAGGUGGGGUGGUCCAAAAAGAAAAACAAAAGUUUCUCUUUUUAAAUUUAGUAACUUGUACGGGUGUAGGGGUUACUGGCCCCUUGCUCCCGACUCAGACUUAUUCCCCUAUAAUUUUUGCACUCUUUUAUCCCCUUUGCCUUUAUACAAAGGAACUAUGCAUGCUCUCUGCCAAUCCAUAGGUACCUUACCCUCUUCCAUACAUUUAUUAAAUAAUAGCACCAACCACUCCAAAACUAUAUUCCCUCCUGCUUUUAACAUUUCUAUCUUUAUCCCAUCAAUCCCAGCUGCCUUACCCCCUUUCAUUUUACCCACUGCCUCACGAACUUCCCCCACACUCACAACUGGCUCUUCCUCACUCCUAAAGAUGUUAUUCCUCCUUGCCCUAUACACAAAAUCACAGCUUCCAUGUCUUCAUCAUGACAGAAAUGUUAAAAGCAGGGGAAGAUAUAGUGUUGGAGUGGUUGGUAUUUUUGUUUAAUAAAUGUAUGAAAGAGGGGAAGGUACCUAGGGAUUGGCAGAGAGCAUGUAUAGUCCCUUUAUAUAAAGGGAAGAGGGACAAAAGAGAUUGUAAAAACUAUAGAGGAAUAAGUUUACUGAGUAUACCAGGAAAAGUGUAUGGUAGGGUUAUUAUUGAAAGAAUUAGAGGUAAGACAGAAUGUAGGAUUGUGGAUGAGCAAGGAGGUUUUAGAGUGGGUAGGGGAUGUGUAGAUCAAGUGUUUACAUUGAAGCAUAUAUGUGAACAGAACUUAGAUAAAGGUAGGGAAGUUUUUAUUGCAUUUAUGGAUUUAGAAAAGGUAUAUGAUAGAGUGGAUAGGGGAGCAAUGUAGGUCUUAGACAGGGAUGUGUAAUGUCAUCAUGGCUGUUUAAUAUAUUUAUAGAUGGGGUUGUAAAAGAAGUAAAUACUUAGGUGUUCAGUAGAGGGGUGGGAUUAAAUUAUGGGGAAUCAAAUAGAAAAUGGGAAUUGACAGUUACUUUUUGCUGAUGAUACUGUGAUGAUGGGAGACUAUGAAGAAAAAUUACAAAGGUUAGUGAAUGAGUUUGGGAGUGUGUGUAAAGGUAGAAAGUUGAAAGUGAACAUAGAAAAGAGUAAGGUGAUGAGGGUAUCAAAUGAUUUAGAUAAAGAAAAAUUGGAUAUCAAAUUGGGGAGGAGUAUGGAAGAAGUGAAUAUUUUCAGAUAUUUGGGAGUUGGCAUGUCAGGGGCUGGAUUUAUGAAGGAUGAAGUUAAUCAUGUAAUUGAUGAAGAAAAAAAGGUGAGUGGUGCGUUGAGGUAUAUGUGGAGACAAAAAAAUGUUAUCUAUGGAGGCAAAGAAGGGAAUGUAUGAAAGUAUAGUAGUACCAACAUUCUUAUAUGGGUGUGAAGCUUGGGUUGUAAAUGCUACAGCAAAGAGACGGUUGGAAGCAGUGGAGAUGUCCUGUCUAAGGGCAAUGUGUGGUGUAAAUAUUAUGCAGAAAAUUCAGAGUUUGUAAAUUAGGAGAAGGUGUGGAGUUAAAGUAUUAGUCAGAGAGCUGAAGAGGGGUUGUUGAGGUGGUUUGGUCAUUUAGAGAGAAUGGAUCAACGUAGAAUGACAUGGAGAGCAUAUAAAUUUGUUAGGGGAAGGAAGGCGGGGUAGGGGUCGUCCUCGAAAAGGUUGGAGGGAGGGGGUAAAGGAGGUUUUUGUGGGUGAAGGGCUUGGACUUCUAGCAAGCGUGCGUGAGCGUGUUAAGAGUGAAUGGAGACGAAUGGCAUUUGGGACCUGACGAGAUUUUGGAGUGUGAGCAGGGUAAUAUUUAGUGAAGGGAUUCAGGGAAACCGGUUAUUUUUAUAUAGCCAGAAUUGAGUCCUGGAAAUGGUAAGUACAAUGCCUGCACUUUAAAGAAGGGAUUUGGGAUAUUGGCAGUUUGGAGGGAUGUGUUGUGUAUCUUUAUACGUAUAUGCUUCUAAACUGUUGUAUUCUGAGCACCUCUGCAAACACAGUGAUUAUGUGUGAGGUGAAAGUGUUGAAUGAUGAUGAAAGUAUUUUCUUUUUGGGAUUUUCUUUCUUUUUGGAUCACCCUGCCUCAGUGGGAGACUGCCGACUUGUUAAAAAAAAAAAAUCUUCCCGAUACCUCUAACUCUUCAUUUAAUAACUCUCCUUUCCUAUUUUUAACUGACAAAUCCAUAUGUUCCCUAGGCUUCCUCAACUUAUUAUUCUCACUCCAAAACUUUUUCUUAUUUUCAACAAAAUUUGUUGUGCAUAAUUUAUCAGUGAAACUCAAUAAUAGGAUGUAUAGGACUUAAUAUAUAGGGUUUGACACUAUCCACAGUUUUGGUAUCCACUGCAGGUCCUUGGAACGUAUACCUUGCAGAUAUGGGGGGUCUUACUGUAUUUAGUUUUUAACCCUUUCACAUAUUGAGUUCAGCUCACUCAGAUAAGCUGUGAGCAUUGAAUUUUGGCCUAGAUAUGAAAGAAGGGGCCUUUGCAGUGCAAGAUGGGAAAAGCAAACCUCUGACAUUGUGUUUGGUUUAAAAUGUUGACUCUGAUGUUUUUUCUAGGCUGGUUUUAUUUGUAGUUUCUUGGUAUCAUUUGAUAGAAUGGAAGAUAUACUACUGAAAUAGAGAUGAUUUUGGUUGGCUUCAAGACCAGAAGUAGUUUGGAAUUGGGCUCAGAUUAGUGGAAAGAUUUGAUUUUUGACAAUUUUUCUGAGGUCAGGUAAGGGGAUCCCCCUAAUCCCCACUCUGUUUUUUUUUUUAGGGGGGGAUUACUAGAUCUGUUUCAAUUAUUGGGACACACUAAACCAUGACCAAUCAUUCCUGGUUAUAUUUUAAUAUCCAAGAAAGAGGGUUAAACUUAUGUUUUUGUGUGACAAAUUCAAAAUGAGGGCAAUUGUAAUAUAGGAAAGGCUGAUGAUAUGAUUAAUGAACAGAGGAAAUAUUAUUUUAGUGGCUAGACUGUCUACAGUGUUUAUUUUUGACUGUCUUUUUGAGUUUUGUGUAAAAUUGGCCAAAUUACCAACUUCUGUGGACUUUAUAUGGUAGUCUGAUAGUUGAAUGGCCAAUUUCAUGUUUUCAUUCAAUAGAAUGGAAGGCAUAUUAGCUAAAUAGCUAAGAAUUUGGUUUGAACAAUGGAACUGGCUUAAAAUAAGAAAUUCAUCAAUGAGUAAUUGAGCCGAGACCACCAACUUUACACCAGUGUAAUUCUGUAAGUGUUCCAUCAAAUCCUGCAUUUUUGCUUCAUUACCUUCUUGAGAAAGAUUCUCUACUAUUAUGGAAGAAUUUUUUGUUUUUUAAAUUCCCAACAUUGUCAGUCCCGACAGUGAGGGGGUUAACCCGUAAACGGUCCAAGCGUAUAUAUACGUUUUUUCAGCAUUUGAAAGUAUGUAAAAAAAGUAGAUCUUUUUUUUUUUUUACAUUUGAAAAUGUGCAAAAAAACUUUGAUCUACUUUUUUUUUUUGUUAUAUUUGAAAAUAUGUAAAAAAAAAACGUAGAUCUACUUUUGUAGCACUACACAUGUGAACGUAGAUCUGCUUGGACCGUUUACAGGUUAAAGUUGACUUGGCUGAAUAGGUCUAUAAAGGUAGAAUAAUUUUCCAACUCUAAGGCUUAGUGAUCCAAAGAGAAAAACACAAAUAGUUCCUCUUUUGUUUUGUAAUGAGAAAACCCAAAAUAAACAAGCAUAUGAAAUAAGUUUCUGUCUAGGUUCAUGAAAGUCAUUCUUAUGUUUGCUAGCUUGGCCUGUGCUGUCAAUGUUAUUCUCUUUACAUGUUCCUCAGAAGACAGGUCUGGGGGUAUUAGUUAAUGUCACAUCUUUAAGUGUGACACCCCUGCAGUGUGUGUCUUCUUAUGAAUCUAUGAAGAUCUACUUUUUUUAAUUAAGCUUGUAAUUUGUUUUAUAAUCAAUGUCAUUGCUGUUCACAAAUAUGGUGAGUGUAUGUGUUAUUACCUUCCUACUGUAUAUUUUAUUGUUUGUUUGAAUUCUUAGUUGUAGAACAGAAUUGGAUACAAAAGGAGAUAGUAAGAUGGGAUAAAUCAAACACAACAGUUACAAGUGGUAAUUAACUGCAACCCAUUAUUGAGUGUGCACCAUCUGUAUGGAACACACAUGUACUAAAAUGGAAAGAAACUAGUUAAAGUAUAAAGAAAUGCAUCCAGAGUGGUACCCUGAGUUGAGAGGAAUGAGCUAUGAAGAGUAUCAAUGCUAAUAGAGUAAUGAAGAACAAGAGGGAAUUUGACCAUAACAUACAAAUACUGGGGCAUGGAGAGUCAACAAGGAAAAAUUUAAACUAGAACAAGAAGACAUGGUUGAAAAUUACACAUACAAAUGAGUCAAAGGUAUAUCAGAAAGCAUUUCUUAACAUUCUGUUAAAAAAGUAAAAUGUAACUUAGUGGAAGUCGAGAUACAAGUUCAAUUUCUGUAACUAAUAUAAAAUAAAAUAGGAUUUUGAUAUAAUUAAAGCAACAAAUGGACUGUUUCGGUUUCUUUUGGUUUUCAUUAAAAUCUAGUGCAGCAAUUGAUUAUAUACUGGAAAGACAUUAGCACAGGAAAUAGUAUCUGUUUUGAAGAAUUAGACACUUUUGCAACAUUUGGGUAUCUUUACUGUGAAAAUGUUUUGCCAAAAAUGGCUUUUUCAGUCUGGAGUGAAUGUCAGCUUGUAGAAAUGAAGUACCUUUAACCCUUUGACUGUCGCAAGCCGAAUUCUGAAACUGUCUUCCUAUGUCGCAAAAUAUUUGAAAAAAAAAAAAAAUUCUUACCAAAAUGUUAGGAUUAAUUUGCCGAGUGUUUUAAGCCUAAAAAUUUUGUUUUUGCGAUCAGUACUUGCUGAGAUAUAGAGGCAUAAAGUUGGCAGAAAAUGAGCCGCGUAUGGCAACAGCAGCAAAUGCUGCUCACCCAGUACACUUACAUUUACUCCCAUUUUCAAUAUUUUCCAAUAUUUUUUUCCAAGUAACUUACGUAAGGUGCAAUCUAUGUAUAUACACUUGUUGUAUGCAACACAAUAACCACACAAACAUUAUCAUUAUAUUAUUUACAAAACUUGUUUACACAAACCAACAAUACAAAAAAUUUUUUAUUACUAUUGUUCUAUACUAUAUAUACACAUACAGAGUCACUGGACACUUUCCUACAACUGCUAUUAGCAUCUGGAAGCUUGGUGUUGUGUGUGUGCGUGUGGACUUCUAAAUGUGCUGAGUCAGGGUGUGGCUGCUGUCAAAAUGACAAAUUAUACCAUCACUCAUUACCCUUACUGCUUGUCAACAUCCAUGGGGUCGCAUGCCUUCUUUCCCACCUUCCUUCCUUCCUCUCAUCUCUUCCUUCCCUCCUUUCUUCCUUCCAUCUGGUAUCCUGGGCAUUGCUUUCAGUCACAAACUCCUCAAAUCAUUAAAUUCAUCUUCAGAGACACUUCCAUCUGUGUUAGAGCUAUCACUGGGGAAAAGAAGAGUCCCAGAUUCGCUGGGGAGUCAGAUAUUUCUUACUGCUAGGCAUGCUGAACAAGGACAACUGAAAUGGCAUUCCCACAAUGUACCACUGGCUCCCUGAUUUUUAACAAAAAAAGGCACAAUACCGUGACUGGAACGAUACACAAAUAACCCGCACAUAGAAGAGAGGAGCUUACGACGACGUUUCGGUCCGACUUGGACCAUUUACGACUGAAAUGCCGUCGUAAGCUCCUCUCUUCUAUGUGUGGGUUAUUUGUGUAUCCCUGAUUUUUUUUUUAUACUGUGCACCAUGGAGACCCAUUCUCUUACAUGUGGGCCUACCAGCUUUCUCCCGCUUGAUUUGAAGCCGCUAGAAUUUACACGUAUUAAUACGUCAAAACCAUUGGCUCGUAAGAUGUAUAUAUACUGCCAAAACAGUCAAAGGGUUAAGGGCUUUUGAAAUGUUUUCUCUGGCUCUGUCUUAGCUCAUGGUAGUUUCAGACACAAUGCUCUCUUCUGUUGCCAAAUACAGUACUCUCUCAUAUAUCAUGCAAGUUACAUUCCUGAAGUAACACUGUGCAGUAGGACUUCCAUAUCAACAGGUUCGGUUUCUGUGGUUUCAGUUAUCCACGGUUUACUGUGGCCCGAAAAAAAUUAAUUUUGCUUAAUGAUGACUAUGAAGUGGUGAUGGUGGCAGUUCUUCAAAGUCUGACAUAAGUUGUGAAGUGCUUCCCAUCAGUGAGAAAGUGCUAAUUCUUGACUUACUGUGCAUAAGUUAUCAAUUAAACUUUAUCAUAGGUAUGCAUGUAAACGAAAAACGACAUGUAUACGGUUCGCUACUAUCUUGGAACAUAUCCCCCACUGAUGCAGGGGGACUACAGUAUAUUAAAUUGAGAUACACAAUGUGAAUAACACACAUGGGUUAUGUUCCAUAGACCUCCAACAAAGGCAAGCAAUUUUAAUUUUUAAACAUCAAAAAUGAAGUGUUUGAUACCUCGCACUGAAAAUGUCAUUUUUUGCAUGGAGAGGGUUUGUUUUGCUUUACUUAGCCUAGUUAAGAUGUAGUUAGGUUUACUCAGUAGAUUUAACCUAGCAUAGCCCUACAAAGUCAAACAAUGGGAUUAUACAUGUAGCUAAAAAACGAAAGUAAAACAAAUAAUUUUUUUACCUUCAAUUUUAGUUGUUAGUAUAUCUAACGGUCUUAAAAUGUGUGUGGAGAGGGUUAGUUUGGCAGUGUACAGUAUUUAUAAACAUCUAGCAGACAGUACUAACUGCUACCACUCAUUGACUAGCAUCAUCACUUGUCAAAGUUGUUACUUACUGAGUCUUCAGGUGUUCUGUAGUGCAUCUCUGCUUUUUUUUUUUCCUGUAAUACUGUAUAUAGCUACUGAUAAGGUAUCACUGCUUGGUCCAGAACCCAUUUUCCAGAAAUCCUUUUAAGAUGUGUCAGUGUCUUUUUUUUUUUUCAGUCAAAAGAUCUGCAAUUUUGCCAAUGGUAUGUAUAUCAGGUUAUUUUUCCUCAUCAAAUUCUGCUUUCUGCCUUUCUUCUGUCUCUGAGGAUUAACCUCCUCUAAUACUGCCUAUGCAGUUUGUUCUUUGUCUCCAUCAUCUAAGAGUUCAUUCAUAUCUAGCUGCAUGCUAUGUCUUAAAAGCCCUCAGCUGUCACUCUCCUUGCCAGAUCAACAAUUCUCUGGGCCUGAGUCUACUGAAGGAAAACCUGUCAAAUUAUUCACUACACUGAACCACAGUGUUCUCCAGCCUGCAUUAUUGUUGAUGUGAUAGUUGAUCCCAUAUAAGUUUUGUGCUAGUUAUUGCAUCUGUAAUUUUAAAUGUGAGAGAACUCUGACAAUCCUGUAUUUGGGUUGUCAUACAUUGUUGCAAAGAGUUUCUUUACCACCCUGCAUGUGUAAUAGUAGUGGGACUUUAAUAUCUUGAGUACUUCUUGAUCCAGUGGUUAUAUGAAAAGAUAUAUUUCCUAGCAAACACAGCUUUCAUAUUUGGAUCCAGGGCUUUCAUGAUUUGGGGAGUGAGAUGUAAGUUUUCAUUUUAGGUUUUGUAUACAUAACCUCAUGGUCUUGAGGGCAUGAAAGCAUUAUGAGCAUGUAAAAAGCACUCUGGUUAGCCAGACUUGAGUUCUGGAGGUUGGGAGUACAGUGACUGCACUCUGAAAGAGGAAUGUUAGGAGGGGCAUCUGAAUUGUAGAAUCCAUGCACCUCUGGCAAGACAGUGAUAGAGUUAAUGAUGGUAAAAGUGUUUCUUUUUUGGAUUGCCCUACCAUGGUGGGAGAGAGCCAAUGUGUUAAAAAAAAAGAAAAACUAUAUACAGUGGACCCUCGAGUUUCGGCAGCCUUGACUUUCGUGAAAUUCGACCUUCGGCGAGUUUCUUUGGCAAAAUUUGGCCUCGAGUUUCGUGAUUAGACUCGUGUUUUGGCGCCCGUCCGGUACCCGUCCGCCCGUCACCGCGCACACCAAGCCAAUCUCCCAUGCCAUUCACGCUCAGUGUGCCAUUGUUUACCAACACGUGACCGUCACCCCGCGGGUUCAUACAAUACAUUUCAUAAUAAUCCAUUGUUUUUUGUGCUUGCAACUGCUAAAUAAGUCAUCAUGGACCCAAGGAAACCUAGUGCAAGCCCUUUGGUAAAUAAAGUGAGGAACACGAUCCAGAGGGAUUUUGAAGGGUUUGAGGCAGACCCUGUCCCUGCCGGCCCUCUGCCUGUUGUGGAAGGUGUUGUGGCAUUGGGCAAGUCUAUGGGGUUGGAGGUGAGUGACGGGGAUGUGGAAGAGUUGGUGGAGGACCACAGGGAAGAGCUAAACACUGAAGAAUUGCAAGAGCUUCAACUGGAACAGCAUCAGACCACAGCUGAGGAACUUGCUUCAGAGGAGGAGGAAGAGAGCGAAGGAGGUGCCUUCUUCAAAGAUCAAGGAGAUUUGUGCCAAAUGGAAUGAGUUGCAAAGUUUUGCUGAAAAGUAUCACCCUGACCAAGCUGAAACAAGCCAUAUCUGCAACAUGUUCAAUGACAGUGUUGUGUCCCACUUCAGGAAAAUCUUAAAGAAACGCCAGAAAAAGACACCUCUGGACAGAUAUUUUGUGCGACAGGGGUCCAGUGACUCAAGUUGUUCCCAGUGGCAUUAAAAGAAGAAGGGAAGUAACCCCAGAUAAGGACUUGCUACCUAAAGUCCUAAUGGAAGGAGAUUCUCCUUCCAAACAAUAGUGUACACCUUCCUCCUAUCCCCUCCUCCUGUCUUCCAUCUACCCAGAAGUCUUCAGUAAAGGUAAGUGUAAUGUUAUUAUUAUUUUUUAUAUGCAUGUACUUGAUUUCUCAUUGAUUUCAGUAUAUAAAUCUUUAUUUAAUUUGAAAAAAAUAUUUUAUUUUAAUAUUUUUGGGUGUCUGGAACAGAUUAAUUUUAUUUCCAUUAUUUCUUAUGGGGAAAAUGGUUUCGAGUUUCGUGAAUUUCGACUUUCGGCAGGCUCUCUGGAACGGAUUAAUCACGAAACUCGGGGGGGGGGGGGGUCCACUGUAUAUUCAAUCUAGGCUAACCUAAUAAUUCAAACUGUGACUUAUAUUCAUUGGGGCUCCAUAAAUAAAAGAUUCUUUGGUAGAGAUACAUCCUGAGUGAAAGAAUAAAUUAAUGCCUUAAUCACUCAAUAAACAGGACCUCACUAUCCAGGCUGGUUAGUUAAACUGUCACAUAACAGGUGAUUGUUUGUUUCAAAGGAUGGGAAUUCUAGGAAUGAUAAAUAAGCAUCAGUUUGCACUCAAAAUUACCUGAUGCAUUAGUGAAGAGAAGCAAGCAUAAAUGAUCUUUUGCUUCUUUAUUUACACUAAGCUAGGCAGUCUUCACUUGAAACCUAAAAUGUAUCGGUGAACUAUAGGCAUUGGGGAUUUCUGUGUGGUAACCAGCCAAAUUUCAAAUUUUUCCCAACUUUAUUGUGCAAACACUUGGUCAAAUCUCUUAAUCUGAAUAGCAAUAUACUAAUUAAAAUGUGGUAUCAAGAGGUGCAGUGUGAGGUUCAACUAUAAUGACAAUGAUUUAUGAAGCUUAAAUACAUUGUGACUUCCACCGGAAGGAGAAGCUGGUAUAGUCAUCAUUUCAGUGGCAGUAGCUAUCCAAGUUCUUAGGAAGUUUUUUUUUUUUUUAUCUUUUCACAGAGAUAAUUAUAUUGCAUAUGUAUCAGAUUGCUAGGUAGUAGGUUGGUAGACAGCAGCCGCCCAGGGAGGUACUACCGUCCUGCCAAGUGAAUGUAAAAUGAAAGCCUGUAAUUGUUUUACAUAAUGGUAGGAUUGCUGGUGUUUUUUCUGUCUCAUAAACAUGCAAUGUUUCAGGUACGUUUUGCUACUUCUGCUUACACUUAGGUCACACUACACAUACAUGUACAAGCAUAUGCAUACACACCCCUCUGGGUUUUCUUCUAUUUUCUUACUAGUUCUUGUUCUUGUUUAUUUCCUCUUAUCUCCAUGGGGAAGUGGAACAGAAUUCUUCCUCCGUAAGCCAUGCGUGUUGUAAGAGGCGACUAAAAUGCCAGGAGCAAGGGGCUAGUAACCCCUCCUCCUGUAUAUAUUACUAAAUGUGAAAGGAGAAACUUUUGUUUUUCCUUUUGGGCCACCCCGCCUCGGUGGGAUACGGCCAGUGUGUCGAAAGAAUUAAGAUGAUGUAUCAGAUUAGUAUAAUGAAGAUGUUUUAAGUUGAUUCUGUUAUAUUUUGAAUUAUUACCAAUAUAUUAUGGGAAAAUUCCCAAUAGCACACAUCUGGAAAACACUAUAAAUUUAAGUCUGUGAUUUCAGUGGUAUGUUUAAUGGUAAAAUGCAGUUAAAUGUAUCUCAUAGGUUUUAAGUAUAGCUGACAGCUGUGAUGUAGUUUUUGUAGCUCAUUUUUUUUUGCCUUUAAUUUACCUUUUUUUUUUUUUUUUAAAUCUGAAUGGUCAACAAGUUAUAUUGGACAUUCCAUUUUUUUAUAUCAUGAGCACAAUAAUGGCACAGAUUUGAUGUCAUAUGUCUUGUUAAUUCGUUUGUUAUCUAGUAUAAAAUAAUAAUAUUACUGUAUGUGUGGCUUUACUAAUGAGAGAUGCAUGCCCAGUUAUCUUGCCUAUUUUGUGAUUACAUCAGUGGUACAGCCAAGAUUUCGAUCUGGGGGUAAACGCUUAUGCCAGAAUUUUAAUGUAGGGGCUCAAAAAUCAUAAGGUACUGGUAAAAACAAGAAAUUCAUUUUUAAAAACAUAUGAUUUUCAGUAUAAUCUGAAAUAAAUUAAAAAGUGCAUUGGCAUAAGAGGGGCUUUACCCAUUAGCUCCGUCCCAGUGACUGCACCACAAAUUACAAUCUCUGUAUGGUUCAUGCAUCAUCAACUGCAGCUUGUAAUAUGCAGUACACAAACAUCAAAAAUCAUUGCUGUACUUAUUUGCCUCUUGCAUAUUACUCCUUUUCUGUCUCAUUCUUGUUAAACAAGUAUAUAUUUUUAACAAAAAUGUAUUAUUGAUUUUGUGUGAUUAUACACAUUUAGUAUAUGAAAAUUAUUAUAGGUUUUUACCCAGUUAGAUGAUUAGUAAUCAAUAUGCAGCAAAUGACACAUGAGUCAUACCCUAGAAUGUUUAGUUUGGCUCUUAUAUUUUGUUCAGAAUUACUUGGUAACAGAUCACUUGAAUGUUAAUUAAUGUCAUAAUUCUCUUGUGAUUUGUUAAAUGAUUUUUCAAUACUAAAACACAUUCUAGCUUUAGUGCAUGUGUAUUGUAGUUAGUCGUCACGUUACUUCAUUUGGUAUUGUUUCAAACUACAACCUCUCCUCACUUAGCGACGUACUCGUUUACCGACGUCUCGAACUUACGACGGGCUUUCUGACCAGUAUUCAUACCUAAAUAAUGGAUAUUAGAGCUGAUUUCCUCUAUUCUGUUUAUUUCAGUAUACAGUACACUACUGUAUAAACAUUUAAAACUAUACCAGAAAUGUUAUAAAUGGUGCAAAGGUGACAUUAAAACAAUAUCAAAGAUGGUUGACACAAAUUCACUCCCGUUACAGUAUGCUCCUCACUUAGCAAUGAAUUUGUUUACCAAUGUGGUCUUAGGAGCGGAACUCUGUCAUUAUAUGAAGUGAGGAGAGGCUGUAUUAGUAAUUUAUAAAGUUGGUAAUGUUAAUGCUCUUUGUUGUUAAAAUUUUGAAAUUAUGUAAUUUUCUACAGCUCCUGUACAUUGUAGUCUUAAGUUACCUUAUUGCUCAUUUACUAUAAUGUUUAAAACAUUUGACCCUUAAACUGUCCAACCGUAGAUCUGCAUCCACGUGUGGGGGGCUUCGAACGUAGAUCUACGUUUUUUUUUUACAUGCUUUCAAAUGGGGAAAAUCAAGGUCAGAACACUACGCACGUGAACAUAGAUCUACGUUUGGACAGUUUAAGGGUUAAUUUUCUCCUCUUAAAGGUAUUCAUAAAUAACAGAGUAGCAUAACAAGAGUAAAUGCAUAUUGAUUACUUUAGGACAAAAAUAAGUAUGUAACAAGAGAACACAUACUAAUGCAGUAAUUAGCCAUCUACAUACAAGAUACCAGCUUGUACUGCACUCGUACUGACAGAUGCAUGUGUUAGUUGUGGACAAAAUAUUCACAUAGUAUUUUCAAAGAUAUGCACAUAAUUUGACUUAAUUUCUUUGCAUCAUCACUAUAGCAUACUACUUUUGUAAUUUUAAUGAAUAACAAGUAAAAGUAAUACAGUGGUACCCCGAGUUUUGGCCAUAAUUCUUCCCAGAAGGCUGUUCGAGUGCCAUUACCGAACAAAUUUGUUCCCAUAAGGAAUAACGUAAAUUAGAUUAGUCCGUUUCAGACCCCCAAAAGUAUGCUUAGAAAAGUACUUACAAUAAUACAUUUACAUAAUUGUUCAAGUUAGGAGCUGUUCGAAACUCAGGGUACCACUGUAAAUUUAUUCUACAUCAGCAAGUUAAUACUGUAUAAUACAACUGUGCAUCAAAAUAAUUUUAAGUCAUAACUUUCUUAACUAUAAAUUUCCUUCUAAAACUUACAUGUGUUACUUAAUAUAUAUAAACAGAAUGUUUGGAGAUGUCUUGCCUCCUCACCCUUUCUCGUUUGAAUCCUAAGUUUUGUCUCUAGUAUCAGUAAAAGCAAACUCUGCAGACCUGAGCUUCUUGUAUCUUUCACAAACUGAUGGUAACUUCAUUGCUAGCCAAGUAUUGGGUACUUGUUUGGAGGUGAGUUAUGUGUACAUGUCAUGUUUGUAUCUAUUCUGUUUCUGAUUGCAAAAGUGAGAGAUAAUAGGUUUGUGAAUGAAUGUAUUUCAUCUAUGUGCACACACAUCCACAUACUUGCUUGUAAUUUUGAAAUUCACACAUUUUUUGUGUAUGGGAAAUGCACUUCAGGGAUGUAUGUUUAUAUGUAGUUUUUCCAUAUAUGUAUACACAUGGUAGUUUAUAUACACAAAGUUACUGUACAUAUAUGCAGAUGUGGAAUUAUCUAUGCAUUGAUAAGUAUGUACAUAGAUGUAUGUGCACUUCCUUUUAUGCAUAUAUUUAUAUAUGCAAUAAGAUCACAGUAAACAGGUGAUUUCUUUCAGAGUGGUUGUUUUGCAUAUUUAUAUAUGUAUACUGUACAUGUCUUCAUGUGUAUUUGUUUAUAAUCUUUUGUUUAUAUAUUUGAGCUGUGGGUGUGAAAACAUUGUUGACCAUAUAUUUUGAAUAUAUUUUGCAUACAAUUAAAAAAUUUCAUAUGCCGUAUAAUUCAACACAACUCCUCAUGUCACAAGGAAUUUAAAUGCUAUACUCAUGAAAAAAAAUUAUGCAAACUGUUAUAAAAAAAUCAUUCAGUAGUGGUACAUGUAGACAAUUAGUGCUGAUUAUAUAGUCCCUUUGGUGUACAGAACCAUCCAUGAUGGAUAUCUGCAAGUGAAGCAAUAUUGUGAGCACAAUUACAUUUUUGUAAUUAAAUUGUUUUCCCAUUAAAUAUUA